UGCGGGGUAUUACAGCUAGGAGUGGGCUCUGGCAGCGUUUGGUAACGGCUGAUUGUUUAACAGGCAUACACGUCACAAUGGCUGACAAAGGGAAACGUUCCAGCUUCUUAGACAGGGAAAUUCGAAUGGUACUUGUAGGAAAGACUGGAGUUGGUAAAAGUGAAACAGGGAAUACAAUAGCUGGAGCCGGAAAGAUUGUGAAGAUAUUUGACUCAUUCGCAAGAGCAAUGUCUGUUACAAAGAAAUGUAAACAACAUUCCUUUAAGCGCUUUGGUGACGACUUGCAGCUUGUUGAUGUCCCAGGUUUUUGUGACACAGUAAAAUCACACGACGACAUAAAGGAAGAGAUAAUGAAAUGUAUAGGCAUGUCAUCUCCUGGAAUACACGCCAUUCUUUUCAUCGUGAGGGUAGGAAGGUUCAUGGAAGAAGACAAAAAUACACUUGAAAGGUUCCUGCGCUGCUUUGGAGAAGAAUCAAAACGAUUUGUGAUUAUUGUAUUUACUGGAAAAGAUGACUUGGAAGCGGAUAAUGAUACCCUUGACAACUAUCUAGGUGAUUGCCCAGUGACACUGAAGAAGUUUCUAUUUGAUGUAAGUCGUCGCUGUAUUGCUGUCAACAACAGGGGGACGGAUGCAGAGAAGGAGAAAUUUGCCAAAGACCUGAUAGUCAUUGUAAAAAGCAUGGUUGGUUACAACGGCGGCGGGUGCUACACAAACGAGAUGUAUGAGAGGUGUGAGGCUGAGCUUCGAGAAGCUGAGAAGAAGGAAAAACUUGAAGAGAAGAGGGAGAAGCAGCUCGAGGAGACACUCAAGCAAGAAGCUGCUGCCUAUGAAGAAAUGUUACAGAGACAGCAUCUUAAAAUGCAAGAAUUGGAGAAACAACUUCAACAAAACAAAAAAAGAUCAGAGGAAGCAAAAAAUGAAGGAAAUCAGUUGAGAGAACGACUAAAAGCCUUAGCACUGCUGCAAAAUGAAGAAGAAGAGAAUCAGGUGGCUGAACAAAAGGAGGCAGUCUCAGAGGAAAACAUGAGGAGAGAAGUUCAGAACCUGCAAGAUCUUCAGAAAACCAUUAGGGAAGAACAUGACCGUAUGAGGGUAGAAAUGCAACAUGAAGAAGUUCGGAAGCAGAUACGAGAGAAAGUUGAAAAUGGUGACACUGGUUACCUUGGAACUGCUUACCGAUGGGUAAUGAGCAAGAUCGCUUCAUUAAACCAAUUUUCGUAAUGGUAGCUGUAUUAUAAAGAUCUGUCAAAGAUAGAUUUUCAUUGAUUCAAUCAUAUAGUUUUGGUCACUACGUUUACGUAUACGUUACUUAUUAUAUAUUCAACAGAAACGAUUUUUGUUUAUGCAGAUCCAGACUUUGAGGUCGAGAUUUCAAUUUGUUCUGGGUACAAUCGAGCAAUGAUCCUCAUUCGAAGAUUGCAAAGAGCGUCAGACGACUCAUGGUCUUUGAAUGAGGAUUGAAAUAAGCACCAUUUGGGGCUGGGUUUAUAUCUAAAAAAGCAUUCACGAGUGCGUGUGUGUGUUUGUACGUAUACCUGUCCGGACUAAUGUCGGUUCUAUAGUGCUAGAAUACCCCACUCUGACACAGUGACUAUGAACCAACCAGGGCAUGUCAUAUAAUCCGUUAAGGCCGAGCCCCAGGCAGGGUAGCAACUUUUGGUAUGGUGCGGUCAGGGGAUCGAACCACUGACCUUAUACACUCCCUGCAGAUGUUGUAUCCACUAGAUCACAGAGGAACAUGUGAUUUAUGCUUGGUUCACCUCCAUUUUAUUACUGAGAAACGUCUGUAGAUAAAUUGGUGUCUGGAUGUAGUAUGGAAAGCCGCGUAAUGGAAUUAGGUUUGUCUUCACGUUACAACAGCCGUUAGUCUUGUUCACUGCUUGGCUUUUGCGAAUUUUGUUUUGAAAUUAUUCACCAUGCUUUGUAACCUAGGUAUGUAUAAAUAACAGCAAGAUAAUGUAAUACAAAACUGUUUUUCAUGUAUUGGAACUAUGCCAUGGGAAUAGUAAUUUGGCUACCCUUUCAUUUUCGCCUUUACCUUAUUGCCAUUUUGCCGUGGUCUUACUUUAGACAUGUAUUUGAUAGACCCCUUCUGGCAAUAUCUGCCGCGGAAGGUUUGAGCACUUCUGUUAUAUAAUCUGUUCUGGACGUUUGUCUUAUUAUAAACAUAUGCCAUAGAAACACUAUGUAGUCACCUCUAUCUACUAUUUUUGCUAUUCAGGAAAAAAAACGUCCAUACGAGGUGAGGUGAGGUGAAAUGGGGUUUAACGUCGCGUCCAAGAUUAUUGCAAUAACAUUGCGACGUCCAUAUGAGGCUACCGCAUUUUACUCCAAGUUUGCUAAGUAUCAUUACUUUAAAAAGGUAAAUGCCCCAAUUGUGUUGAAAUAGCCAACAACCAUAUUGCGUUAAGACAUGUUUAAUAAACAAAAGUCACGUGACAUCAGAUCAGAUCACUCGUCAAAAUGAGAGUAAAACUGAAAAACACAAUCAUUCUAACAAAAAGUACAGUACCGUGUAUGCGACCCAUAUUACACCGCUUCUCAUGCUCCCCCGGGUGGUCGGGUAGCCUAGUGGUUGAAGCGUUAUCUCGGCACGCUGAAGACCUGCGUUCGAUUCCCAACAUUAGGACAAUGUGUGAAGCCCUUUUCAGGUGUCCCCGUCGUGAUAUUGCUGGAAUAAUGCUCAAAGCAGCAUAAAACCACUCUCAAGUGUCUGGAUGGUUGCCAAGGGAAGAUUGGUCCACUCUUCAGUACGAACACUGCCGAGUUUCUGUGGUGUUGCCAGAAGGACAGGGCAUCGCGAGAGAGUGAUCUGCAGCUCGUUAACACUUGCACCUCAAUAUGGACAACGACUCCUGCUCUAAGUUGGCAUCAGGGACCAUGUCACAAUGAGGUCGUACGUUAUCAUUCAUGAUUGCAUCAGCAUACGGUCUCACGUACACACCCAAAAUGUCGUACCUGUUGCGGAAACAUGUCAUCGAGCUCUGCUGUAGGACAAGACAAUCGGUUCUUCCAGCCCUAUUGAUCACACCCUAAGUCAUGACUCAGUGCCCUCCAUCUCUGUCAUGUUCAUCUAUUUUGGAAUCCUGAAAUCUUUCUCACCUUCGGGCGUAAGGAUCUGUGAAGUCUAGACAGUAUAUCGAUUCAUCAGUGAAAAGUACUGAAGCCCAGUCUCGGUCUGUCCAACUGACGUGGUCUUCAGCCCAAUCCAAAUGUCACUGUCUGUGAUGUCGAGUCAGUUGCAUGGGAAUGCAUGCCCUCAGUGAACGGAGACCAGCCUCACGGAGACGAUUGUGCACUGUUUGAGUAGAAACGUUAAAGCCACUGGCGUUCCGCAGAUCAUUCCUGACUGUGGUGGCAGUCACGAAGUGAUAAUGUCUUCCUGCUGUGUGGUAGAACUCUGUUCGAUGUCGCUUGGUAUCUGCAGCUGGUAUCUGCCUAAUUCUUUGGUUGUCAAGCGACUUCUUUGAGGGGGCAUAAGUGAAUUCGGUUGUUGCAAACCUAGUAGCAAAUGUUGAUGUGCUCUCUGAUAAUGAUGUGCAAAGAUUCUGUCACGAUACGAAUAAACGCUCGUUUUUAAGCACCUCGUGCACAUCUUGCCAAUGACUGCAUGCCUCUGUACAUGAGAUACUUUAGGGAUAAUCCAAUCAUUGUGUACAGGGAUAUUACAAUGUUAAUUUGUUGCAUGAUACAUCAUCAAAACUAGAUCCUUAGCAAACUUUAAGUAGUAUAAAUCAAGAGCGGUUAAAUGUGAAACAAUGUGUUGAGUUGCAUUCUUUUUGAUUUUCUUCUCAUUUAAAGAUUUCUUUGUUAAAUAAAUUUAUAAAAAAUGUC